UUAACCGCCAUCAUUUGAAAGGUGGUUUUCUUGACUUACUGUGUUUCCAAGGAAAAUAAACAGUGAUAUCAGGGUGGAAUCUUUGCAGAAUUGCCCUCAACGAUGGCAACUGUUUUGGAGGAUCCCACCCUGGAGCGCCAUUUCAAGGGCCACAGGGACACUGUGACCAGUGUGGACUUCAAUCCAAAUAUGAAACAACUAGCAUCGGGUUCCAUGGACUCUUGUCUCAUGGUGUGGAACUUCAAGCCACAGAUGAGAGCAUACAGAUUUGUAGGACAUAAGGAUGCUGUACUUGAUGUUUGUUUCUCUCCGUCUGGGCACCUGGUCUCCUCCGCCUCCAGGGAUAAGACUGUCAGGCUCUGGAUCCCCAGUGUGAAAGGAGAGUCUACAGUUUUCAAGGCACACACAGCCACAGUGAGGAGCGUGGACUUCUCUAGUGAUGGCCAGUCUCUUUGUACAGCCUCAGAUGAUAAAACAGUCAAGGUGUGGACUGUUCACAGGCAGAAGUUCUUGUUUUCAUUGAACCAGCACAUGAAUUGGGUCAGAUGUGCAAGGUUCUCCCCAGACGGCAGGCUCAUAGUGUCUGGCAGUGACGACAAAACAGUCAAAUUAUGGGACAGGACCAGCAAGGAAUGCGUACACACCUUCUUUGAACAUGGGGGGUUUGUGAACCAUGUAGCCUUCCAUCCCAGUGGGACAUGUAUAGCAGCAGCCGGGACAGACUCCACAGUCAAAGUAUGGGACAUCAGGAUGAACAAACUGCUGCAACAUUACACUGCUCACACAGCACCUGUGAACAGCUUGUCAUUUCACGCCAGCGGCAACUAUCUCAUCACUGCCUCCGAUGAUUCUACUCUCAAAAUACUGGACCUGCUAGAAGGAAGGCUCUUCUAUACUCUUCAUGGACAUCAGGGCCCUGCCACUGCUGUCAAGUUUUCACGCUCCGGCGAGUACUUCGCCUCUGGUGGCUCAGACGAGCAGGUGCUCGUGUGGAAGACCAAUUUCGACCAGGUGGACUACAACGAGGUGCUACAGUCACACCGGCGGAGAGAGUUUGUGGAUCCUCCUCCCCAUGUGCACGACAUCCCUCCGCGGUCUCCUCAUAGAUCUCCAGCCAGGCCAGCUGCACCAAAGUUAGAUGCCCGCGCAGGUUUACGCAAUAUGUCAGACAUACCGCCAGGUGUCACUGAUGUUGGUCCUGCCCUGUUCUCUCAACCACGGAAUACGUCGCAUGAUGCAACGGUGGGCCUUGGAGACUUGGAGAUGACGUCAACAGACAGAGCCAUGCGGGGCGACACGUCUUCGUAUCCCUCUGGUACUCAGCCACUUGAAGCCCAGUCUUUACCACCUCAGCUCAGUAGCACACUAGAACAUAUUGUAGGACAGCUUGAUAUCAUAACACAGACUGUGUCCAUUUUGGAACAACGACUGACAAUGACGGAGAACAAACUCCGUGAAGUGAUAGACAAUCAGCAGAAGAUCACGCUUCAAGUCAGACCUAACGACUAAAUUGUUCCAAAAAUGAAUGUGCAUGGCGUUUGUUUCAAGUAUAUAUUAUUGUAUGUCAGCACGGCUGUCCAAGUCAACUGUUUUUUAAAUGAGCAAGAUCUGCAGCGUUUGUUCAGCUUCAGUUGCUGACAGGGUGUUUUUUAUUUGGAUACAAGGAAAAGGUGUGUGUGUAUAAAUAUAGACAUCUUGUGUCUGGGAGUAAAAUAUUAAUACCAAUGUAAAAGUCAUGAGAAAAAGGGAAUGCAAGCAUUGUUUUUGCGUAUACUUUAAAGAAAGAGAGUAAUUUCUCAAAACUCACUGUAAAUAUGGACUAUAUAGAUUGUGUAUUUAAUAUUGUUGUAAAUAUUGUUGGUAAGCCUAGAGAGUUUGUACAUAUUUCUUAUAUAUAAGAAAAAAAGUCUGGGAAAAUUUUACUUACAUGAUGCUCUGAUAGGAUGUGAAAUGUUCAUUAUUUUGGGGAUAAAUAUGAAAUGCCUGUUACAUUGAGGAGGCAAAGGCAGUCAUUUAGUGGUAUGGGGUAAAAUAGAUUUGGAUCACCUAUUUUAUGUUUUCCUUAUUGCUCAGUAUUACCACUAACUUUUUUCUUCAAUUUCAGGAUCUGUAUAAAAAUCUUUUUGGGUCAAUUUUUGGGUUUUGACUUGCAAAAGUAAGAGUCAUUGCCCUUUAUCACCGUUUUGAAAACCCUUGCAUGAAUCUAAAUUGUGCUAUAUAUUUUAACAUCAAAUGUAGAAUUUACUUAAAUUUUCAGACUUUUUACUGUUUAAAUGUCAGUGUGCUAAACAUGACAUAUUUAAACUGUAUUAUGCUUAUCAGUUACAAAGCUAGUUUUAUUUUAGUAAAAAAAAAGAUCACAUCAUCACUCGUAACAUAAAAUAUGUAAAUAAUGUUAAUGUAUUUUCUUUAACUAACUAGAAUUGGGGGUCUGUUUGCUCAAAUAAAAUAGAUCCUGCUCUGC